UCUCUUCACCGACGAAUUGAUUUCCUUCACCUACACUUGCACAGAGAAUAUGAGCUCUCUUCUUCAAAGUUUUCAUAGCAAAGAAGCUCUGCCCAUGUCGCAGCCUACAGAAGAAGAAAGAGGAGAAGGACUUGGCGUACGCAAAAGGCUGUCUUCUCUCUCUCUAAGGAUGAACAUGCGCAUGAUGAGGUCUACUUGUCAACAACAACCCAUCCUCUCAUUCUACUCCUCCUCCUCCUCCUCCUCAUGGGCAUUUCGCCGAUCCAAAUCCUUGUCCUCUAUGGGAGAAUACACUGGCAAUUCCAUUAGGAAAUGGUGGGAUUGGGGAUUGGGCUGGAUCAUGUCCAAGAAGCCCGCCUUUGCCAACGAUCUGGAAAUGAAUGAAGAAGAGAAAGCCGUAUUGGGAUGCAACAGCAAGGGCAGCUGGAGGCACGUAUUUUACAAAGUAAGGUCGGAGCUACGGAGGUUCAUCGGAUCCGGCAACAAUGUGGGUCUACCUCAAACCUUCCGGUACAACUACUCCAACAACUUCGAUGACAACUUAAUCAGGAACAACUGAUGGAUUACUCACUCUACUACAGUAUGUGCUAAGCUAGCUCC